CCUAGCUAGCUCCAAUACUGUUUGUAGCCAGGUCCUCGGGAUCCAACAACGAUUUGAUCCGAUCCGAUUUUAUUUGCAGUGGCAACGAAAAAGGCCAAGCACGUCGAGGAUCUGCGGUCAUCGAUUCCCGAGGCUUUAUCUUAGAUUUGAUCUUCAUCAGUAGAGCUUGGAUUACUGAACUUGAGGAGCAAUAUGAACACAUCUUCACAUGUACCGCCAGGGUUUCGAUUCUACCCUACUGAUGAAGAACUUGUAGAUUACUACUUAAGAAAGAAAAUAGCUUCCAAAAGGAUUGACUUAAAUGUCAUAAAAGAUGUGGACUUAUACAAGAUUGAGCCAUGGGAUCUUCAAGAAUAUUGUAGGUUAGGGGCAGAAGAGCAAACUGAAUGGCAUUUUUUCAGCCACAAAGACAAGAAAUAUCCAACAGGAACUCGAACGAAUAGAGCAACGAAAACUGGAUUCUGGAAAGCAACAGGAAGGGAUAAACCAAUCUACAAAAGAAAUAAUUUGGUUGGCAUGAGGAAGACCUUAGUUUAUUACAUUGGUAGAGCACCAAAUGGACAAAAGACAGAUUGGAUUAUGCAUGAGUAUCGACUUGAAUCAAAAGAAAAUGGAACCUCUCAGGAAGAGGGUUGGGUUGUGUGCAAGGUGUUCAAGAAACGAGUAUCGACAGUAAGGAAAGAGAAUGACACUGAAUCCUCACAUUGGUUCGAUGAAAAAUUCUCCUUCAUUCAAAACCUGGACUCUCCAAAUCAAGAUUUUUACUCGCAAAACUACCCUUUUCAUCAGCUGCCUCCGUUACAGAGCUCCAAGAUUCCUAUUUUCAGUAACAACGCUGGAAGUUCCCUCCAAAUCCCUUAUUUACAAAACCAACUUCAAAUGAUCCCAAAUUGCAGUAACAGCGACAAUAUUGAUCGAAUUACAGGUGAAGUAACGGAUUGGAGGAUCCUUGAUAAAUUUGUUGCAUCUCAGCUUAGCCAGGAUGAUGUUUCUAAGGAGAACAAUUAUAGUAAUACAGCAACUGAGGAGAAUUUUCUUGUUUCUGAUCACAAGAAAGAAGCACAGGUGGAAUGUGAAUCAACAUCAAACCCUAAUUGCCAAGUUGAGCUUUGGAUGUGAAGAGUGCUAUGUGGUGCAUGGGCUUAAUUAUAGUAAUAUGUAUUUAUGUAUGUAUUAUUAAUUGUAGGUGUUAUAUAUGGUAUUGAACAAUAAUGGAUGGACAAACCAUUAUGCAUGGUUAAUAUAUAUUAUGUACAUAAUCAGUUUCAGGGAUACUUCCCAUAUAUAUAAUACUAUCAUAUAUAUUAAACUCAGUACUGUAUGAGUAUGUAAGAUAUUCAACAUUUAUUUGAGAUUUUAGAGAUAUUAUGUGAUGUGUACACUUA